AACGUUUAUCUUUUAUUAAUUUAAGUGUUAAAAUGAUCACAACACACAGUGGACAUUUUCUACAUCCGGAUUCACUCCAGCCACUGACUUCUGCUUCUCUCAGUCAUAUUGAGCUGGAUGCCACAAAGAGUCCACUUGCCCUCUUGGCACAAACGUGCUCACAGAUCGGACAAUCAGACCCAAUCUCUUCCAGCGACUCAUCAAACAGCUCUAAAGACUCUGGAGGUCUGACGAUCGGCAACAUCAGAGUUUAUUCCAAAUCAGCAGAGAAGAAAGAUUCUGUACCUUCACUCGAUGAUCGGUGUGUGUUAAGGACACGGAGCGCCACCUGCAGACCGCUUGCUGUAUGCUCUCCUAACAUUCAGGAUGAAGAUGAAAAGAACAUCAGAGAUAACAAUAAAAGUUCAGGUGAAACCUCUGAGACCAUCAGAAAUGGAAAUUCAGAGAUAAACGACAAACACGAAUCUAAAACAUCAUGGACUGAGACAUCAUCAGUGGUUUGUUCCACUUCUUCCAGCCUCGGAUUGGGUAUUCCGCCAUUUUCUACACUUCCUCUUCCACCGUUUCCGACAAGCUGUGUGAGUUUCCCUCAGCCACUUCUGCCUGCAUUGAACAAUAAACAAGGGACCUCCAUCAUUUCCACUGUUCCGUGUGGAGACCCGUACUGUCUCGGCUAUCACUGUGCUGCGUCUCUUAAAUCCACGUUUCCUCUUCUGUAUCCUUCUCACACCAUUCCUUCUUCCUCCACAUCUGCAAUUACGAUAUUUCCACGUGGCUUCAUGCACCCUCAUGAACUCCAGUCAAGUUUUUUUAACAGCGUUUCAACAGACUCUUCUGAGUCCAGUUUUCCCCCCUCAGUGGGGUACGUAGCCUCGACUCUCAGGACCCCACAUCACACACUCGGACAUGGCGCUCGGUACCAUCCGUACUUCAAAAACCCUUCACCAGCACCUUCAAAUUCAUUUUAUUCUCUACAUGGACUCGCACUUUAUGGACAAAGGCUUCAUCUAGCACCUUAAAGGUUUUGUUUAGAGCCACACAAUAGUGGGGUAAUUUAUUCAUUUCUUAAUGAGAAGUUACAAAAAGUUAGCUUUAAUCAGAAUCACGAAAGAACAAUUUUAAUAAAAAAAAAAUCAUAACAAUAUUAUAAACAAUUUC